AUGGACAUCUCGAAAUUCACCUACACAAAAGUUUCUUGGUUGAUAGAAGAAGGAUUCAUCAAGGACGUCAAUGGGGAGCUUCCAUUUGAAGGUAAACCAACGUUCCUUCAUGUGGCAGUUGUGAACUCCGAUGAAAAAUUGGUGGAUUAUCUGCUGCGCAAACAAGCAGAUAAGAAUUUGAACAACUUAAUUUGGGGAACACCUCUCCAUGUCGCUGUGGGGAAUAAAAAUCUAAAGAUUAUUCAGACUCUAAUAACCUCCGGAGUCAACGUGAAUUUGCAAUUACUAACGGACCCUUGGCUUACAACCCUACAAAUGGCAGUUCUACAAAAGAACAUCGAAAUCGCGGAAUUGCUAUUGGAAAAUGGUGCUGAUGUUAAUUUUGUGUCAGAUAAUCCUAAUGUGCUCACGCAUCGCAAAACACUUUUAAAUAUUGCUAUUCGCUCAGAUGAUGAACAAAUGGUAAAACUUCUUCUUAAACACAAUGCUGAUCCCAAUAGUGACAUUUCUGGAGAUGUAUCGCCACUACACAUUGCUACUGGUAGUGGUAAUUUAAAAAUUAUAAAGAUUCUUCUUGCGCAUGGUGCAAAUAUUAAUUUUGUACCGGUGCAUGGAUAUAUUAACCAAACUCCUUUGUAUUUUGCGGUUCUUCAUGAACACUCGAAAGCCGUAAAGUUAUUAUUGAAUUAUGAUACAAUCGACAUAAACAUUAUAGCUGACUGUGAAAGUUCAGUUCUUCACUACGGGGCCAUGUUCGUCAAAUUUAAUUAUAAGAUCGUGCAGUAUCUACUUGACGCUGGCAUAGAUGUCAAUUUAAAAAACGACAUUGGUGAAACGGUGUUAGAUAUAGCAGAACAGUUUCCAGGCAAAGUAAAAUUGCUAAUAAGGAGGCAUAUUAUAAAACUUAUAGCGGCAAAUUUGCAUGUAAGCAAAGAAAAUUUAGCAGCAGUGACAAAUAAUCGUUUGACUAAAGCGCGUGAUUCUUGUGUGAAAGAAAUUGAGAAAAUGAAAAAAAUCAACAUUGGUGAGAGUAAUCUUACGUUUCACGAUGCUUUGUUUAAAGAUGAACAUGGAUUGGCGGUCUUUCACAGGAAUGGUAAUUACGUUCACACGUGA